AGACGACCCGUGAAGUCCAGGGACAGACAGACAUUAACUCCCUCUCCAUCGCUGAAACCCUCCAAACCCUCACCGCAAUGGGCAGGAAACCCUCGGCCUCCGCCGCCGCCGUCGCCGCUGCGGCCGACGACCACGAUUCCCUCGCCGCCAGCGCGAAGGCCGCUGAACUCCUAGCGGCAGCAGCCAACUGCGAUGGUGUCCAAGGGCACUCCCUAUUCUUCGACGCCCUCGUGCAGCUUAUCCCCCCGCGCUUCUACCUCUCCGCCGGCGACGAGGACCGCCCCUACUACCAGGGGCUCUCCAAGUCCGCCAAGGCGGCCAUGAAGGCUCAGUCCCGCGCCAAUAUCAAGGCUGCCCGCCGAGCCCGCCUCGACCCCGCGGGGCCGCCGUCCUCGACCCUGGACCUCCUUAAGAAGUCUGUCGCCGACCAGGAGGCAGAGGGGGAUCUGGAUAAGUCGCAAGAAGAAAGCAAUGAGUCCGAGGACGAGGUAGGCUCAGAGGAUGACGACGAUGAGGAGGAGGAAGAGGAGGAGGAGAUACCGAUGGCUCCGGCGGCAGUUGUUUCUGAGGACCGUUCGGUGACUUAUGAAGAGCUUCGUGAGCGUCUUCAUCGCCGCAUUACGGAGCUCCGUGGGAAUCGGUGCACCAGUCAGGAGUUCCUGAAUAAGCCCCAGAAGGAGAAGGGCAAGAAGGUAAAGGGGACUAAAGUGAAGGGUAAAGACGGGGGCAUGAAGCGGAAGCGUGAGGAUGGCACCGAAGAUGCAGACGGUACGGAUGGGAAGAAACACAAGAAGGAGGCCGAUGGAAACGCUCCGGAUAUCGUGUACGGCAAUGUGUUGGUUGACCCAAAGGAAGCGAGGCGCAGGAAGAAGAGGAGGGUUAAGAACAAGAAGAAGGAACUGGAGCAGGCUAAGCGGAUGCAGCGGGCAAAGGAAGAUCCUAAGAAGGCUACCAAGAUGGCCUGGGAUGUGGCAACAAGAAGGGCUGCUGGGGAGAAGGUGCACGACAACCCAAAGCUUAUCAAGGAGAGCAUGAAGAAGGAUAAGAAGCGGCAGCAGAAGCAUGCAGAGCAGUGGAAGGACAGGCAGAAGGUGGUAGACAGCAAGAGAAAGGAGAAGCAGAAUACGCGGAAGGAGAACAUCAAGGAGAGGGCACAACAGAAGAAGAUGCGCAAAAUAGAGAAGCGCGAGAAGAAGCUUAUGCGCCCUGGUUUUGAAGGGCGCAAGCAAGGAUAUGUCAAUGAGUGACAUCUAUAUUGAAGAUUUUGAGGACUGGGGAAAGAGGGAGCAAUUGAAUCUGCUUUAUUUUGCAUGGCUGCAUGGGUUGAUGUUGGUAUUCAGAAUAGGUAUCCAGGUCACAAUUGUCAUACUUAAUUAGAGCAUCAAAUUGGCUGUUUCACAGGUUGUCUGGAAAAGAUAUUGAGAUGCUUCUUCAGCUCUAUUAUCAUUUGAGCUUAGGUUGACAGCCUCACUGAUGCGUUCCUGGUAAUCAUCUACUGGUGCUUCCUUCUUCCAUGUUUUGAAUCGGUGAAUCGCCAUGGUUUGGCUGAGAAGGUGUAACAUCCCAGUACUUUUCAGGUGACUUCGACCCUGAGUUGGGUGAGUUUGAUCCAGAGCACGAUUGUUGAGCUUGGGUAUUGAUACAGUUGGUUGCACGGUGGGUGCGGCUCCAACCUGGUCUUGUUGUUCCAGCCAUCUUAUGACCUUUUGCUUCAGCUACCUUGAACUCCUUUUAUUUUGUCUGCUGUCCGGUAUGUAAAAAUAUUGGGUUAACUAAGGUUUGUAAUAACUGUUGUAUUUUCUAGAACUCUAAAUUGUUGUAGUAGUACUGCUAUGAUCUGA